AUAAAAUAACUUCUUUUACACAAUAUAAUAUAUACUAAAACUCCACAACUAACCCACCAUCAUCUCACAAGCAAGUAACUAAAAGGAGUCGACAAGUGGAAAGUGGAAAAUCAGCUAUAGAAAUUUCAAUCAACAACGACAAUUGCGAAAAUUAAAAAAUUGUGUACACAUAUACAUACAUACAUAUUUACUUCAAAGGGGUUACACCUUUUUUUGGUCUAAUGAAAUCAUUUAUUUAGUUUCAAGCGUUAGUAUGCAAACUUAAGCAAUAGUUAAAGUAAAACGAAUUCUCUUAACAAAUUUUUAUGUACAAAAUAUACAUACAUACACAUAUACGAAGUAUAUCAAAACUACAUAAAGUAGAUAAGUAUAAUCAAACGCCCACUUUGUAAGUUUUUGAGCAAAUUACUAACCUCAAAAUAACGCUGAUAUACCAACAUUUUGCAUUUUGGACCAAAGUGAAUCAUAUUGAAACAAACGAAAACUGUGUGAUUUAACAUUAAGAUAAAGGCCCUUCAAAAGUAGAGUAGGAGGGAGGAAAAACAAGUACCCAGUAUUGUAGGAUAUUUAUUGAAUUCUGCACGUCAAAAAUUAAGGAUUAUCUAUACGCGUAGAGUCGAAGUAGAGAAGAUAUAGAAAAACAAAUAGACGAAAAAUCCCACUGCUGUACAAAGUAUUAACAAAUCAAACAAAAAGACAGUCUGCGAUAUGGGUGGUUGUGCUUCAAAAGAUAAAAAGGACACAGUGGUCGACGGGGAUGCGGCUGCCGCAGACAAGGCGGGCACCGCCGAAAAUGUAGAGGACGGUGCAACUAACACAACUGCAGACCCUUCGGCCACUACUGCGAAUGGCGGCGCGGUCAACAACGAAGGAAAAUUAAACAUCAUGGUUGACGCUGCAGUUCUUGCUAAAUUGGAAGAGGGCUACGCCAAGUUGGCUGCCUCUGACUCCAAGUCAUUGCUGAAGAAAUACUUGACUAAGGAAGUGUUCGACAGCUUGAAGAACAAGAAGACCCCAACAUUCGGCUCAUCUUUAUUGGAUGUUAUUCAAUCCGGCUUGGCCAAUCACGAUUCUGGUGUUGGUAUUUACGCUCCCGAUGCUGAGGCAUACACCGUCUUUUCUGACUUGUUCGACCCAAUCAUUGAGGAUUACCAUGGUGGUUUCAAGAAGACCGAUAAACAUCCACCAAAGGACUUUGGUGAUGUAAGCACUUUUGGAAAUUUGGAUCCCAACAAUGAAUUCGUUAUUUCCACCCGUGUGCGUUGCGGUCGCUCCCUUGAAGGCUAUCCAUUCAACCCAUGUCUCACCGAAGCCCAGUACAAGGAAAUGGAAGAGAAGGUUUCAUCUACUUUGUCUGGUUUGGAAGGCGAAUUGAAGGGCAAAUUCUACCCCUUGACCGGCAUGGAGAAAUCAGUUCAACAGCAAUUGAUUGAUGAUCACUUCUUGUUCAAGGAAGGUGAUCGUUUCUUGCAAGCCGCCAAUGCUUGCCGUUACUGGCCAUCUGGACGUGGUAUCUACCACAACGACAACAAGACUUUCCUGGUGUGGUGCAAUGAGGAAGAUCAUUUGCGUAUCAUUUCCAUGCAAAUGGGCGGUGAUUUGGGUGAAGUUUUCCGUCGUCUAACAAACGCAGUAAAUGAAAUUGAGAAGCGUAUUCCAUUCAGCCAUGAUGACCGUUUGGGCUUCUUGACUUUCUGCCCCACCAACUUGGGUACCACCAUCCGUGCGUCUGUGCACAUUAAAUUGCCAAAAUUGGCUGCCAACCUUGCUAAAUUGGAGGAAGUUGCUGGCAAAUAUAACUUGCAGGUACGCGGUACUCGUGGUGAACACACUGAAGCUGAGGGUGGUAUCUAUGAUAUUUCCAACAAACGCCGUAUGGGUCUGACCGAAUACCAGGCCGUUAAGGAAAUGUACGAUGGCAUCACUGAACUCAUCAAGAUCGAAAAGAGCAUGUAAAUUGCUACAAUUUAAGUGUAGCGAACGUUUAUUUGUAGUCAAACAAAGCAGGUGUUGUGAAGUUUAGUAUGUACUAAGUGAAAGAGGGUGCAACAGUGACAGGUCCCGGCAUUUUCAAUAGAUCCUAUUGGGAAGCUGUCUUUGCUGCGUUCAUAUGAAAUGCCUUCCUGAAGAAGAACAACAACACCAUCUACAACACUGCUACCACCAAUAAAACCUAACAAUGAAAACACUUAUCCUUAAAAAAGAAGACGUCAAAUGUUUGGACUUUUUGUGAAACUGAAAAUAAAACACAAA